AUGUGGGUGAAGUGGACUUUAAGUAUAUUAUUAGUAUCGCGUGUGUCGUCGUGGACCGUGGAUCUUGAUGAGGUGGAGAAGUUGGAGAACAGCAGGGAUGAGAAUGUUGAAAAUGAUGUAUACUACAAUUACGCCGAAGGCUAUGGAUAUCAAAAUAUUACGGUGAAAAAAGUGAACAGCACGAGUAUACUGAGUGACGGCAGCGCCUACCUCGAGGGUCUCAGCAGAGCGCUGAUGGCGUACCGCGACACUUUGAGCAACUGCAGUCAAAUGAAUUUUACUGCGACGGAGAAUAAAACUCCGCACGUAGGUGAGGUUUCAGAAGAUUCAAAAGCGUGUCAGACAGCUGCCAGGAACAGGGAGUACGUGCAGCGUCUGUCAGACCUGGCGCUCCUCACCACCAACAGGUUGCGAGAUAAAGCUUAUGAUAAAAAGGAGAAGGAUGAUCCCAAGGUUGAAAACGAGUUGCUGCUGCAGCUGGCUUGGUUCCUGGACCGCCUCGCGCUGGUGACCGGCUACGAGCCCAACCCCAAACAGUACAUUCACCAAGAAACAGAAGCUACGAAGCAACACAAAGAACAAGCACAAAACAGUAAAGCAUCUCAAGAGCUAUUGGAGCAAGUUGAAAAUAAUCGUCCGUUGAUAAAACUCCCGCCAAAAAAUAUGACAGCUGUCAAAUCUGUUCGGAAACGUUCCGUUAAUAGAAAUGUCAACGAUUCAUUGAACAAAGUGUUAACGUACUAUGUGAAAUAUAAGGUUUGGAAUGGCGCAAAUUCGAAUAGUUCACGAGAAAAUUUAAAUUUCGAUACAGAAAAUCAUUUAAAAGCUAAAUCUAUUAAGAAAAGAUCAGUUAAAAAGAAAAUUAAUGUUGUGCAUAGUUUUAAAAAUAAAAAUGAUGGCAGAAGAAGUAAAGUAACGAUAACAAAAAUGGCCAAAAAUUUAAAAUUCAAAGCCAAAGCUAAAGUGUCAAAACCAUUGAAAAAUGUGAAACAAACUUCUAUACUGAUUAAUUUC